CCUAUGUGAUUAAUUAAAUAAGUAGAAUUGACAUUAUCAUUGAAAAAAAUACACAAUCUCACACUUUAUGUGUAAUAAACUGUUUGUCCAAAACAAAAUUAAAAUUAAAAAUAAAAUAACGACGAAGAAUAUUUAUAUCCAUAUGAUUAUCAGAUAAAGUUUGGGUUUGUUUGAUAAAUAAACUGAUUGAUGUUUAGCAAUAAUGUACGCUGGACUUCAGCAACAACAACCUCCAUUCAUAAAUAAGAAACGACUAUUGGCUAGACAUUAUUAUGGUGAUAUUAUUCGUGUUGAAAAUGAUAUGAAUGAAUUUUAUGAUGCCAAUCGUCAUCGAUCAGGAUCAUCAAAGAGAUUCAGUGAAUUUACAUUUGAAAGCACUCGUCAAUUUGGACCAACAAAACAACGACGAUGUACAGAUUGUGGUUGCUUGUUCAUAUUCAUACUGUUUCUCGGAGUUUGGGCAAGCCUGAUCGUAUAUUUUUUAAAUCAUGUAAAUAUUGAACAAGUGGUUUUUCCGUCUGAUUCAUUUGGUAAUGUCUGUGGUAAAGGAGAAUUUAGCGAUCGUCCAUAUCUAUAUUUUUUUAAUAUUCUUAAAUGUGCCGCUGACAUAGAAGGUACCAUCAUAGAUGGAUGCAAUACACCACAGGUGUGCGUCAAAGAAUGUCCCAAUAUAACGUUCAGUGUUGGUGCUUCGAAUGAAAUGCGUCAUAUCGAACUAGAACAUGCUAUCUGUCAAUAUGGCAUUUGGCCCAACAGGAACAAUUUAUACCAACUUACCCAGAAAGAAUUAUGUGCCAAAUACUAUUUUAAAAGUGAUUCAGUUGGUGGACGAUGUAUCCCAUCCAUUUUACAUUUGAUAAAUGAUCGCUUGUUUGAUGAGAUUCGCAAUCAAUCCAUUAAAGAUGAUUCCUCUGAUGGUUCAGUCACAGCUGAAGAAAUUGUCGAAUCUAAUAAAGCCAUAAGCAAGUUGAUGCAAGCAUUAACAUUGGCUAAUCAUUUGAUCACCGAUAUUAUUAGAACAUGGAAAUGGAUCGCAAUCGGUUUAAUCUUGACCAUGUUCAUCGCUUUCUUGUGGAUAUCAUUCAUGCAGUGGAUUGCCAGAUAUAUGGUCUGGGUAUCGAUAAUUGCGUUGUUUAUAUUAAACAGUUUGGUAUUAUAUUAUAGCGUCGAUCAGUAUUUAGAUCUGGUCAAUAAUAAAUCCAACAAGACCGAUUUGGCUGAUCUGAAUUCAAUCAUGGCCAAAGUGGUUCAUCCAAAUGAAGCUCACCGAUAUCUACGUACAUCUCGGCGUGAACCUGAUAUGAUGGAUUUUGAUUUUAAAAGUUUGCUCAAAGAUAGUCUAGAACCUUAUCUGGGCAGUACCAAACUAUGGAUCAUUUUGGCAGUUGUGGCAGGUAUCGGCCUAUUGGUAUUGACUAUGAUUACAUUUUGUUUAUGUAAUCGUAUCCGGUUAGCUGUGGCCGUCAUUGAAGAAGCUAGCAAAGCUGUUAAUAAUACCAAGUCAACGUUGAUGUUUCCGUUAGUGCCAUUCACUUUGAAAGUCGCAAUCCUUACAUUUGCAUUAUUUGCAUUCGUUACCAUAUCAACCGGCUCUCAAGCUCGUUACCGUAAUCAAUUGACUGGAACUGCAUGUAGUCCAUUGACGGAAAUUGAUAACAAUUGUACGAAAAUCCGACCAUUCGAUCGAAGUUUGGUCUAUCUGGCUCAUGGUUUUAAUUUGUUUGCUCUCAUAUGGGUGCUUUACUUCAUCUCUGGUCUAUUUUAUGUAACAUUAUCGGGUGUAUUUGCCGAUUAUUACUGGACAAGAGACAAACGUGAUAUAUCAUUCUUUGUACUUUUAAAUUCAUUUGGACGCUGCAUUUUCUAUCAUUUGGGUUCGAUUGCAUUCGGUUCAUUGUUAAUUGCCAUAGUUCGAUUCAUUCGAAUUAUAUUAGAAUACAUUGAUCAAAAAUGUAAAAAAUAUCCGAAUAAUGUUAUUUCUCGUUUCUUUAUGGGCUGCUGCAAAUGUUGCCUCUGGUGUUUGGAAAAAUUCAUAAAAUUCAUCAACAAAAAUGCCUACAUUAUGUUGGCCGUACAUGGAAAAAGUUUUUGUAGCUCAGCACAUGAUGCAUUUCAAUUGAUCUUUUCGAAUGGAAUGCGUGCAUUGGUUCUCGAAUGUUUGAGCGCUUUCCUGUUAUUCUUAUCUAAAUUAGCUGUCACAUUCAUUUCUGGCCUGAUAGCAUUUCUGAUCAUUACCAAUCAGAUAGAAUUUGUUCAUUUAGGAGAUUUUGAUGAUCUCAACUAUUAUUGGGGUCCACUUGGGGUAUAUCUCAUUCUCAGCUAUAUAUUGACUUCCUCAUUUUUCAAUGUUUACGAUGUUGCAGUUGAUACUAUAUUUCUGUCAUAUCUGGAAGAUUGUCACAUCAACGAUGGAUCCAAUGAACGUCCCUAUUAUAUGACCAAAUCAUUGGCCAAAGUUUUUGGUCGUAAAAAUAAUCAAGCUCACUAAUCAUUUUAUUUUCUUUUAACAAUGUCAUUUUUUUUGGAACAAAUUGUAACAUAGUAGCCAAAUAUUCCACAAACAAAAUCAUCAACAAUAUGGAAGCAUAUGAUCUCCAAUUGGUAAAGAUUGUGAAUGCAUCCCACUUCAAGGUGUUUAAAUUAUCACAACAACAGUCGAAAUAAUCAUCCUCAUCAAGAACAUUUUUUUUUACAUUCUGUUGAGAUUGCUAUCGUUCCUGUUUUUGCUCAAUUUGUCUUUGUUAAUUUUAAUCAAUCUUUGUUCAUUAGUCAUUAAUACUUUGUUGCAAUACUUUUCAAUGUCUCAUAUAAUUUCAUUACUAAUACUAAUAAAUGAUAUAGAAUAAUAAACAAAAUGAAAAUGGA